CAUCUCGUCAGGGUAGUUCUCUCUUGCUGCCCUUAUCGAGACGCGCUUCGAUCGACGCGUUCCCCAGUAGCUUCGACGCGCACACACUUGCACUAUUUGUCGAGCGACACCAUGCCCUGGACGCGUACUACCAGGGGAUCGAACACCACGCAGCGCAAGAGUGCGCGUACAUACACGUCGCGGAAGAACAACGGUCUCGGUAUGAGCCAGGCAAGUUGGAGGAGGAUGGUGAUCAACGAUGCGCUCGAAGAGGCGGACGAGCUUGAAGCCGAGUUUCAGGCCAGGAAGCGCGCUCGGGAGGAGGAAGAGGAGGAGGCGCCGGCAAGUGCGUCGAGCGCGUCGAUCAGCGCGUCGAACGCAUCGACAAGCAUGUCCAAAGAGAAGGAAAAUGCAGCGACCGUCGCGAGCGUGCUACCCCCCGCAAAAAGGCAGAAGGUGACGCGAGCCUCGAAGCCCACGUCGGUGUGGACGCCGUACGAAGGCUCCGCAUCAACGACGACCUCCACGAGAACGACCAGGUCCGCCACCGAGUCCGCAUCGGCCACCGCCGCCGCCGCCCCACCCCGCUACAGUUACACUGCUCCUUCUCAGCAUACCUCCGCCAUUCCCCCUCGCCACGGCCCCACUGCCACCUCCUUCUCUUCAGCGCACCCUACCCACCAGGACAUGAAGGCCAUCCCCGACGCGCUGAAGCCCAAGAUUCCGGUCCUCUUCCCCGAGGUCUUUGAUCCCGUGCUGUACGCUAAGUUUGCGGCGAUGUACAAGGCUGGGUUGCUGCCCGGAUACCCGCCUGCUGGAGCGGGAGGAACGACAGCGGGUGGAAGUGCUGCUGCGCCGGCUGCAGGAGGGGCGGCGAGCGCCACCGUGCCUGUCACGUCUCAGCCUGCAUCUUCGACAUGAAGGACUGCGGAGGAGUGCUUGGUGCGAAUGAAGGCCGUUGUUACCUACCUCACACUGCUGAAUGCUUGAUCUUGCACACUCUUGGAUGCUGCUGGCGAGACAGUCGGCACUGCUUUCGAUAUAUCUCUUGUACUCACUCUUGUAGACAGGCCGACCUGUCAGGCCUUCGUGAUGCUAUAUACGCACUGGGAUGGCCAGACCAUGCCAACGGACGUCGAAGGACGCGACUUCAAC